GUUUCUCGUUCAGGCCAUAUUGUACGAUACUGUAGCUGCCAAACUGCCAAGUGGGAAACGCCAAAUACGACAAACUGUACACACAAAUGGGUAGCUGAAAUGCGAUCCGCUAUCGAACGAGGAGAUCCCGCCGAACAAAUCACUAGUCAGAUGGCUGCUGAUCUUGAGUCAACGCUGUCGAGACAAUUGUAUGGUGGCGAUAUCACUGGCAGUGUGUCGUUAAGUACCGACGUUCUAGCGCUGGCACGGAGCCAAUUUGGUGCUCUCAAUGACCGAAAUCAACGCCAAAUAAGAGCAACGAACUUCACAGAGUCAUUCGGAUCUUCUGGUGAUCAUCUGUUGUCACCAAAGGCGGUACCUGUAUGGGAGGAGUUGUCCUCAUCUGUUCGCAUAGACCACGCGUCCACGCUUAUGGGAGCUCUGGAACAGAGUGCACUGCUUCUGGCCGAUUAUACUGUGGACGAACACAAGAAGUUGAAGUAUGACUACUGGGGUAAGUAG